AUGAUUAGGCCAAUUUUGAAAGAUACAAAUUUUUCAAAGUCUAACGAGAUUAAUGAAGUUAAUCCAAUCAUAGAAUCAUAGCAAGAGCUCAUCCGUCAAUAAUAAGAGGAGAUUAAGUGGAAAAAAGCAGAGCUUGAGUAAUAGAAACUGACCAUUGACUAAUAAAUGGAUAGAUUAAGUAGUCAAGCAAAGUCUAUAAAGCAAGUUACUUACGCUGAUGACAACACCUCUAGCCUGUUGGAGGCUCCCUAUACUAAUUCUAACUCAGUCUUUACUAAAUCUGUUGUAAAAACACCUCAAAAGAAAUUACCAAGCAAGAAAAACUCAUCAGCAGCUAUUGUAAACUAAAAGAUGUAACAUAAUGAUUAAGGGGCAGAAGAGUAUCUAACUUAAUCCUAUAUGAUAGAAGAUGAUGACAUGCCUGACUAUCAAUCUUAUCAAAAUGAACUUUCAGUAAAAGGAUUUAAAAAGAAAUAUAAUCUCAUUUAAAAGCCUAAAGAAAUACAUUCUAAAAAUAAUAAAGAAUCCAGGAAUUUUUCUUAGUUUAAAAACUCUACCUCAGCUGAGAUUUAGAAAGAUGAUAGCUUUGACAAUUAAUAGUUAAAUCCGACAUAGCAGCAAAUUCAAUAGGAUUAGAUGCUCUAACAAUAAUAACAAUAAUUCUAGCGACAAGAACAGUAAUAAAAACUUGUUUAAGAUUAGAUUAAAUUGCAAGAGUAAUAAUGGCAAGAAAAAAUGAGAGAAUAAUAAUAAUAGCUUAUAAGUGUCAUUUAAAAGCAGUAAGACUAGCUUUAAUAAGUUCUAAUAAAUAAGGAAAAAGAGCUUAAAGAUAAAGAAUUUUUGCUUGAAGUAGAGAAAUUAAAUAAUCCUAAACGUAAAGAGGAGGAGCUUGUCCAUAAAUAGCAAAUGAAUCAAUAUAAAAAUUAAGUUGAAUCACUUGUGCAUCAAUAGACUAAAGACAUUCAAAAAGAUCUUUAAUAAAUGGAAAAGGAAUGGUAAUUAGUUGAUCAUCUUACUAAGGAAAAAGAGUAUUUGAGAGAAAGGGCAGUUAAUCUGAUCAAUGAAGAGAAGAGGAAGUAUUAAAGUGAUAUUUCUAGGUAUAAGUCUCACAAACUCAAGCUGGAUAAUAAAUCUAAAUCUCAAAACUAAAUAUAUAAGUAAUUAUUGAAGGAUAUCGAAUAGCUUAAAGCCAAUAUGUAAUAGAAAAUAGCUGAGUUAAUUGAUUAUGGAAUAGAUCUUGAUGAAGUAUUUUAUGAGAUGAGGGAUGAUGAAGAGCUUAAAUGGGAGUAAAAAUAUGAUCUUGAAAUGACUAAGUCAGCAAUUUGUCGCCAAGUAAAGUUUAGAUGUCAAGUUGGACUCUUUCUUACAGAAAGGAAAAAGAACAUGGAUAUUUAGACUUAUAAUGUUGACUUUGUGCUAGAAUAGGAGAACAUGAAAAAAGAGUUGCAGAGUGCCAUGCAAGAAGAUUAUCAUGAAAAGGCUAGUAUAAUGUUUGAAAAUGAGGAGAACUAAUAUAGAAAUUACCUCGAAUAACUUAAAAAAGAAAAAGGGAGGCUGCAGAAAGCUUAAGAUGUAGAAAGUUUAAAGAAAUAGGUCAUUUAAGAGUAACUACGUCUGUAAAAAAUGCAGUACUUAAAUUCUAAAGAGCUCUAUAAUGAUACAUAAAAGUUAUUAUUAAGCGAAAGUGAUUAGAUAGGCAAGAGAAAUGGGAGGUUUUUGCAAAAGAGUUUAGAUCGUCUGAGAACUCCUCUGCAUAAUAAAGUAGGGGAUCUUAAUAAAAGCGUCAUCUUGGUGAAUAAUAAUACAGAUCCCUUAUCUACUAUAAAAUAUGGACGAAAUAGUGUAUUAUAAAAUCCUUACAGCAACGUUUAUAAUACAUUAGAUGGCUCAACUAAUGAUAAUCUUAAUUAGCCAACUUAGAGAUUCAAUAUAGUUGAUCAAAACAAAAAUUUGUACAGUUCACCAGUCUUGUCUAAAUUUGGAACGUCUCCCUCAGCCUAACUAGUUCAAUUACCAGUAAUAAACUAAAAGGGUCAAAUACUUACUAGUAGUCCUGUUUAGCAAUAUGGUUAAAAGCCAAUAAUCUAAAUUCAACCAAUGUUUACAAAUUCCUCUGAUUAAUUACAAUUGACUCAACCUGCUUUACUUAUUCAAAAUCAAGAUGAUGGAACUAAUUCAGAUUUUGAAUUUUUGUCAAACAUUCUGAGGUAGAAUUAGAAAACAGAGAUUUCUUAAGUAAUGCGAGAAGCAGAACGGAGAUAAAAGAAUUACAAAUAUUAAAUGAGCAAAAGCUAUACAGAGAGGGAAAAGAAAUAAAUUAUAGUCAAGUCAAAUUAAGAUAAACUAAGAACAUAAGAAAAGGUAGAUAAUAUUAAAAAGAAAUACGAAGAUAAAUAUCAAGAUUUACUCCUUAAAGUUAAUUAUAUAAGUAACAAAUUCUGA